AUCUGUAAUAACCUGUAUCGUCUGCAAUCAUGUGUUCCUUCUGUUGUAGGUGGAAAUAAUUUAUUUUACAUUAGUAAUUAAUUUUUUAAGAUUUUAUAUCUUUGGUUUUUAUUAGUUAUGAUAUUUUUUUAUGGAUGUUAUUUGCAGUAAUUUGGUGAAUCUCUAGUCUUCACAUGGAACAGUUCUAGAGAUGUCACAGAUGAUGUCAGAAUCAGCCGUACAAGAAACAUGUAUUACACCUAUUACUGAUCAAAAUCUAGAAGAUCAAAACAUACGUGAUGAAAAGAAGGUGGAGCUCACCAGCGAUCCUUAUGCCUAUCUGGACCGCUGUGGUUUCUCGUCAGAGAAGUUCAAGAUUGAAAUACGUGGUCUUCCAAAGUUCUAUGGAAUCGGAGAGCUUAAGAAACUCCUGAACAGCAAGCUGCAGCUGGGCUCGAACAAGAUCAAGCCACCGAAGAAGAGGAGCAAUUGGUUGUACGUGUGUUUCCGCAGCGACGCCGACAGGCAGGCUGCCAUAGUGGCUCUGAAUGGCCACACCUGGAAAGGCAGUGUGCUGCAAGCUUUUGAAGCCAAACCUGCUCCAGAUCCAUUGGUCAAUAAAAGGAACCAUGAAAUGGAGGACAACGUGGAUGGGGGUGAAGCCAAGAAGCUGAAGGUGGAUGAUGAGAAGAGUCUGGAGGAAAGACUUCGUGACUCAACUACUCCCUUAUGGAAUGUUACUUACUGUCAACAGCUGGAGGACAAGCAGAAGAAAGUGCGUUCUCUGUUGCUCAGCUUGAGUCGAGAUAUUGUGAAAGCUAACCCCACUCUGGCACCGUGGAUCAAAAGCCAGAAAGCCAAGCACGAAGGACUACCUUGUGAACUGCUGCCGAUAAGACCAUCACCGGUGCAAGACGGGUAUCGUAACAAGUGCGAGUUUACUGUGGGUCUUAAUGAAGUUACAGGAGAACCCACUGUUGGUUUUCGUGUUGGCAGUUAUGUGCGGGGUUUUACUGGCGUGGGAUCUGUCGACUGUCUCAAGCAUGUACCCCAACGCAUGAAAGAAGUUGCAAAGUUGUUCGAGCAGUUUGUGCGCCAAUCAGACCUGGGCGUGUACAACCCGGAGACCCAGGAGGGCAACUGGAGACAGCUGACUGUGCGCCUCGCUCACAGAACCAGUCAGCUGAUGCUGAUCGUCGGGAUCCAUCCUCAGUCGCUGCCCGACAGCUCGAUCGAUGAGCUGAAGACGGGCAUCAGGAACUUUUUCCAAGACGGCCCUGAACGAGUGGGGAAUGUCAGCUCAUUGUACUUGCAGUUAAUAAAGAAGACGAUGUCCGGGGAGGAGCCACCGCCCCUGCAGCACAUCCUCGGGGAGACGCACGUCUUGGAGGAGCUGUCGGGGCUGAGGUUCCGCGUCUCCCCGCAGGCCUUCUUCCAGGUGAACACGCCCGCGGCCGAGGUGCUGUACGGGGCCGUGGCGGAGCUGGCCGCCCCCGCACCCGGCGCGGCCGUCCUCGACGUGUGCUGCGGCACCGGCACCAUCGGCCUCUCCCUCGCCCAGAAAACUGGUCAAGUUCUGGGGAUAGAACUGUCAAGUCAGGCGGUGGCAGAUGCUAAGGAGAAUGCUGCACUAAACCAGAUCACCAACUGCGAGUUUUUUGAGGGUCGUGCUGAGGAUAUAAUGGGUUCGGUCAUCAGCCGCGUGACCGGCAAAGACAUUCUGGCGACAGUAGACCCACCUCGUCCAGGCUUGCACCAGAAAGCACUGAUUCAACUGCGACGGGCCGAGAAGUUGAAGAAGUUGGUCUUCAUGUCAUGUGAUCCGAAGGCAGCUUUCAAGAACUUUGUUGAUCUCGCUCGCAGCAGUUCCAAAACGUUCCAGGGACUGCCUUUCGUGCCGGUGCGAGCUGUAGCCGUCGACAUGUUUCCCCACACUGUGCACUGUGAGCUUGUCGUCUUGUUUGAACGACUAGAUGUGACAUUACACAGUCAAUAAAGCUGUACGCCAAGUUGGCAAAUUUA